UAAUUAUCUGACCUAAUUAAUUAUUUAAUAGCAAUACUGAAUAAAUUAACGGCACACAUGAGACUGGAACAAAGCUAAUUAUAACCGCACGGUUUUGCUCGGUUAUUUUUCAAUCGAUUGGUCGUGUUGCGUGAAUAACUUACCGCGUUUGUUCUAUCGAUUAUUUUGUGCCUGUCCAGCCCAGUAAAUGAUAGCAUUAGUCGAACACGGAGUCUAUCGUUGAACAUCCUUUAGAGAAAUGCUGUUGCGUGAAACGAUUUUUAAAGAGAUUUGCUGCUUAAAAAUAUAAAAGUGAUAGUUAUUUUUAAGGACAAAUUGUUAAAAAAAAAUUUGUACAAAAUACAUCGCACGUUACAAUCUUGAUUUAGGUAAGUAGGACAAAGAACAGGUAUUAACGCGAAAGGGAAUCAGCGUGUUUUUCCAAAAUAAAACGAGGUUUUUUUUUUAGAUCAUUUAUACGGAUGCAAUCCUUUUUCGUCGAUCUGUCAUCGCGCAUUGAACAUAAAUCGCAGGGUUUAUUAUAGAAACAUGAGCGGUCUGGUCAACUAAAUUUUUAAUACGAUCACGCGGACAAUGAGGUGCAAUGCGAGUAUCUGAACGGGAUAGACAUGAUACUAUCUUAUUACGAAUGUAACUUUGAUCUCAGAAACAACAGCGACAGUGACGCGAUCGAGUCAUACGCGUGCACAUCCGAGUAUUGUUUGUAUUGUCGUAAUUCGCAGUGCUGUCUCAUAUUGCAACGGCGGCCAACACGUCAUCUCUGGGAGACCUGGUACUUUUGGCUCGGCGUUGCUUUGCUCGCUGUUUUUCUCAUUUUUUUGGUGAGCAGCUACCUAGUCAGUAAUCACAGACGUAAUAUUCAAGGUACAAUUCCGAUCGGACAAAAUACACAGAAUGUCGACGAUAAUAGAAGGAAUGACCGGGAGUUCAAUCAACCGAGAAAUAAUCAGGAUCAGAUAUCUAUAAGCGUAAUCCCUUCGACAUUCUUGCCGCAAAGAAAGAUGUUGAUAAUCGAUGCGCAGCCGAGCAUCAUGCAUAUGACUCCCGUUGUUGCGUAAUAAAGCGCCACUUUGCGAAAUCGAAAGACUGAGAAACAUGACGUUCUCUCUGUAACGCUUACAUGCUACAUGAUAAUACAUGCCACGGCACGCAUAUAAUCGCUACGACUUCUCAUCUUCGGCGAAACGUUUGUAGUCUCGCUCUAUUACGAAGACUCACGCAACACUUAACUUCAGUAUAUUUAUUUCUCGUUCACGUGUAACAGCCGGUAGCUGACUAUAAUGCGCCAAGAACAUGAAAAACUUCCGAUAGUUGCGAGAGAAAAUGAUUAUUUUUUUAUAUAAAAAUUGAUAUCAACUUCGGUAACAGAUUUAGAAUUGUUGUAGACCGAAUAAAUCUCUCUGUUUUUCGUGCUAUUACAGGGUGUCUACUUCCUACAAAAAUAUGGAGAAUUCUCAGGGAUAUUUUUUAUAUCUGGAAAAAAAUCAGAUUGUCAUGGAAUUUUAUUGAAAUUCAGGAUAUUUUUUAAAAAGUAAUUCUUUUUGGAUAAUUUUGCUUUUAUAUCUUAUAUAAUCGACAAUUCAUA